UGACGAUGACGAAGACCGACAACUCUCGACAAGGUGGUCCUGUUCCCCAUGUCAUAGCUGGGAAGCAAGUUCAUCUGGACGAAUCCUUCGACGUGAUCCGCCCAGAUACUGGAAUAGUCGUCCACAAAGCCAGCAAUGCUGGUGUUCCUCAGGCCCUAUCUGCCGUUCGCUCCGGUACCAUAGCAUUUGGCUCUUGGAGUCUGACUACACCUGGGGAGCGCCGGAAUAUUUUCCUCAAGGCUGCCAAUGUCAUCGAUCACAGAUGGACAGAGCUUAAGCAGUAUAUGAUGACUGAGACGGGCUGUGACGAGGGUUGGGCGGAAUUCAACUUGUCUGCAGCGAAGGGGCAUGUGCUAGACUGCGCAGGCAGAAUUGUGGCCGUGGAGGGAGGUAUUCCGAUACUGGACGAUGCUUCUGUGGGAGCUCUUGUCGUCAAAGAGCCAUAUGGCGUCGUCUUGGCUAUGGCACCAUGGAACGCGCCGUAUGCCCUCGGCUUCCGAGCUGUUAUCUGGGCUAUCGCUGCGGGCAAUACUGUCGUAUUAAAGGGUUCUGAGCUGAGCCCUCGAUGUUAUUGGGCGGUCUCUUCGGUCCUUGAAGAGGCUGGUCUUCCUCCCGGUGUGCUAAACUUCAUUACUUGCUCUCCCAGCAAUGCACCAAAUGUCGCCAAGGCCAUGAUUGAAAGCCCUGAGAUUAAAAAGAUAAACUUUACCGGUAGUACUGCUAUUGGUCGCAUUAUUGCUCAGAUGGCAGGGACAAGCUUGAAACCAAUUCUGUUAGAGCUUGGUGGAAAAGCCCCUGCAAUUGUUCUUCAAGAUGCCGAUCUCGAAGUGACAGCUAAGGAGUGUGUUCUAGGUGCUUUUAUUCACGCCGGGCAGGUCUGUAUGAGCACAGAGCGAAUCCUUGUUCACAAAGACAUCAAGCAUAGCCUCGAGGAGAAAUUACGGGAAUGGGUAGAACGAAUCUUUCCAUCAUCAGGCGCUGCGCCGGUGCUUAUCUCGAGCAAUGCUGUUACCAAGAACAAGAGACUGGCAACGGAUGCUGUGGGCAAAGGCGCGAAACUAGUUUGUGGUCAAGUUGAUGGAGAUACUAACACAACGCGUUUACGGCCAAUUAUCAUCAGCGGCAUCAAACCGGAUAUGGAAAUAUACGAAAAAGAAUCCUUCGGGCCUACUGUCUCUUUAAUCGAAUUUGAGACGGAGGCGGAGGCAUUGCAGAUCGCCAAUAAUACUGAGUAUGGGCUCAGUUCCGCAAUUUUCACCCGGGACCUCCGAAAAGCUUUGCGACUAGCUAAACGUAUCGAAACUGGCGCCGUACACAUCAAUCGUAUGACUGUUCAGGAUGAAGCUGUCCUCCCGCAUGGAGGAGCAAAGGCAAGUGGGUUUGGAAGAUUCAAUGCUGGCCUAGGGGAGUGGUUGAGAACUAAGAAUAUUACAUAUGAUCUCUAG